GCUAGGACUCAUGGCUCCCUCUGUUCCUGGCACAGGUGAGGCGGCGGCUGGCGGCGCGGAUCCAGGAGCCCGCGCGUGGCAGCCCCAGUGGGUGCCCCCAUGAACGAGCGUCGCGGCCGGGGCUGCCGGGACACCGCGGGGCGCCAUGAGAGCGGGCCACGAGCGGAGCCAGGAGUGUCUCCCGCCAAAGAAGCGGGAACUUGCCGCCGCCAACACUGGCAGCGAGGCGGGACGGGCGGGGGGAGCCCAGGGCUCGGGCGAGGGCCCCGAGUGGGCCCGCACGGCUCGGCCGGCUCCCGCCGCACCGCGCUACGGUCCUGGCGAGGCCCCCGAGGCGGCGGCGGGGCUGACGGUGGACCAGUACGGGAUGCUCUACAAAGUGGCAGCACCGCCUGCCACCUUCUCCCCCACGGGCCUGCACCCCGUGGUGAACGUGAGCCCCCUGCCCCCUGCCUUCAACGUGACCUCGCCCAUCAUCCAGCACCCGGCGGUGCCCUUCCCCUCUAUCCACUAUGCACAGAUCCCUUCGGCUUCCCUGCAGCUCAUCGGUUCCCACUACACAGUGCCCUACGCUGUCCCUCCUGCCUUCCUGCCUAGUCCUCUCCUGUCUCCUUCCACCAACCUCACUGCCCCCCAUGUUCCCCACUUUGUGCCAUAUGCCUCCCUGUUCACAGAAGAAGCUGCUGCUUCCCCCCAGACUACCUCUCCCACCCACAGCUUCAACAAAUCCGCCUCUGCAGCCUCUCCUGGGCAGAUGCAGCAUCACACUGCGCCCCAACCACUGGACAUGGCACCAGGGAGAAUUCCUGUUUAUUAUCAGAUGUCCCGCCUCCCACCAGGGUACUCGGCCUACGAGGCACCUGUAGCAUGUGGGAGCCCAGAGUCUCCUCAGCAAGACAGUCAGCUGAGCUCAGAGGUGGCUGCGGCCAAUGGUGGGCAGAGGCCCCUGGAGCAAAGCGUGGCCAGGAGGCCCAGCGAGGCUGUGGACUCUGCCAGCAGUGCAGCUGAGGACUGUCUACCCCCAGGGGCUGCAGCAGGAUGUAUGGGUGAUGGACAGUUCCUUCCGGGUUACCAGAUGCUGGGAAGAGAGAUCUCUGUGCCUACUCACAGGAGCACCCCAGACGCUGAUCUGGAGGUUCAGAGGGUGGUGGGGGUGUUGGCAUCUCAGGAUUAUCAUGUUCUGGCAGCCCAGAGGAAAGAUGACCUAAGCCCUUUGAACCUUUGCCAUAAUAUCCCUGAUGGGCAGGGAGACAUGCUGAGGAACACCACAGACAGGGCUGCAGCUGGGAACAGCCAGCCCCGGAGCCCAUGCAGAAUGUCCCCCGAAGAGACUAUUGUACAGAGACAGUUAGCCAAAGGAAUGGUGAUAGCCAAUGGCAAGCCAGUACUUGUUCCCGUUGGAUCUGAGGCUGUCAGGUCUUCCACUUCAGAAGCCCUGGUGAGGGAGAGCCCAGAUGCACAGGCUCGAGGAAAUGUGCUUGAAAAGGAGCUGGCCCAGUUGCAGCCACCCAGCUCCUCACAACUGCCCUCUCACUUCAUGAAAGGAGCCAUCAUCCAGCUGGCGACAGGAGAGCUGAAGCGGGUGGAGGACCUGCAGACUCAAGACUUUGUUCGCAGUGCGGAGGUGAGUGGAGGCCUGAAGAUCGACUCCAGCACUGUGGUGGAUAUUCAGGAAAGCCAGUGGCCUGGGCUUGUUGCACUGCAUUUUGUGGUUGGGGAGCAACAAAGUAAAGUGAGCAUUGAUGUGCCCCCAGAGCAUCCCUUCUUUGUGUAUGGCCAGGGCUGGUCCUCCUGCAGCCCUGGGAGGACUGCUCAGCUCUUUGCUUUGCCCUGUCACAGGCUGCAAGUGGGGGAUGUCUGCAUAUCAAUCAGUUUACAGAGCAUGAAUGGCAACUCUGCUUCUCAGGCCAUCUCCCCUCUCACGGAUCAGCUGGGAUCUGCUAGGGAGAGGUUGGAACUAACAGCUCAGAGGCCCAGAGAGCCAUCUGACAGAGCUGCUGAAAGGAAGAGCCACACAGAUAGAACCAGCACAGCCCAGAGCUCUCAUGCAGAAUCUUCUCAGCCUGAGGCUGGCAGUGUGUACAGUUUGGCCCCAGGCUUCCAAAGAUACAGUGUGCAGGCAGAGGAGCCUCGGGCCUCUCUGCUCCGUCCCUCUUUUAUUCCCCAGGAGGUCAAGCUGUCUAUUGAAGGGCGUUCGAAUGCAGGGAAAUGAUCCCUUGGACGUGUGAGCUAGGGUGGCCGCAGCAGGUGAGCUUCACUAUCAGGUGGAGGAAUUGCACAGACUCUGUCACAGGCUCACCAGCAAAGGCUGCUCUCUGCCUUGCAGGAAUGGCUCCAUUCCAGUUCCAUGGCUGACCAGUUCCUCUUGCUGAGUCAGGAGGGCUCCAGUGCCUCAGGGAGCAGCAACAGGCUAGCUGGGGUGGGGAGCAGGGAUGUGCUCAGUGUGUGAUGAGAGCAUUCCAGAGGCUGGAGGCUGGGGCUUUCUCCCACCUCCUGGGAUAACUGACUCCCUGCGGGGCAGGGGCUGCGCAUUCGGGGCAGGUAGGGAGAUGAGGAGGGCAGACUUGGCUUAAGGUAGCAAAUAAAAUUGCUGAAGAUUUUAUUCCUCCUUUCUCAUGAUGGGGAGAGAUGGGUCCCCGCUGGAGUCUGGAGGCUCUACUCCCAGUAUCCCCUUUCUUCACACAUGCACUUUAAAAGGACCGUUCACCGAUGGAGCUCUCGAGGGCAGGAUGGAGGUGCUUCUCUGGUGGUUCUGAUUAAUGUCUCUUCCACUGAAUCCAACUGCUCUUUCUUCUUGCAAAGAAUGUACAGAUUUGAAUGAAUUGCAGAAAUUCAAGAGGAAGGACCAAAAGGAUGGGCUUGGGUGCAGGUGAAUAGGGAACUUGAGCACUUGAGAUGGGACACAAGUUGGGAUGGGAGACGUUUGUUUCCUGCUAUAAAGUCUACUUAGUUGUUUUGCCACCAAAUCAAAUCCUUCUUCCCAUGUUAAUAACUCAAAAAAACCCUUCCUGGGCUUACAGCUUUUGCAGAGGCUUAACCUAGGGAUGAAUGGGGUUGAACUUUUUUGGUUGGGGUAUUUUAUUGGUUUGUUGGUUUUUUUUAAUCUGGAGCAAAAUACAUUCAGCAUUCUCUAGGGAAGGGUGAAAACAUCCUUCUGGGAGAAUACUGAUGCUAUUUUGUAAUUAAGUCAGGAAAAUGUUCCAGAUGGCUAAUCCUUCCCUGCAGGCAGUUUCCUGAAUAAGCUCUAGACAAGAGACAAGUGUUUGUGCAUGUGCAGGCAAGGUUCAAAGUUUGUGCUAGUACAAUUCUAUGAUUAAUGUACUGACUCUAAAAAUCAUAGCGUCAACAGGGCAUUUUGGGGUAGUUUUGUGUUAGUUUUUCUGAUGCUUCACUUUGGAGUUCCUCUGUAGAACAAUGUGGUAAAAUCAAGAGUAGUCUUUUUCAUGGUGAGAUUUGAUACAAUUGUGUAUGAAUACCCGAUUGUGGUGAUAACACUCUAGUGAGUGAAGGCUCUUGUAGUUACACUAAUCUGCCCUCUCUGAUGGUGUGUUAUGACACCAUUGCUCAGCUAGAUAGAGAAUAGUCACUGUUCUGGUGAGAAAACAGUUUUCACUGACUUAACCUGGGUUGAGCAUUCCUUGUGUUCAGGUGCCCAUCUCUGUGCUAGGCUUUGGAGGGGACCUUUCUUGGUGUGCAGAGUCCUGAUGUUCAGCAUGCUGUUCCUGUCUCCUUGCUUUCAUCUGCCUGAAAUUUGUCAAGUGUAUCUGAUUCUUGGGGCACUCCUCCUCUCUGUCACAGAAUGGUGUGUGUCAGCACCUCUUCUUGCAUGGUGCUGUCUCAGGGCUGUUCUGCACUGCCCAUGAGUGUGUCCUGUAACUGGUUGGCUUCUGCUGCCUCUGCAAUGGACACAUGCUCUGCCUGUGUAUUGCAAGUUAGUCUCCAGAAUGUCCCUUUCAUCCCAGCCUCAGUCCUGUUUUCCUAGCACAUUGCUAGCCAUUUCUGUUGCCUUUAAAAUGCCUGCACCAGGACAGGCCUGCUAAUCAUGCCCUCAGUGUUUGUGCCUCAUGGGUUCUCCAGAAUGAUGGUGCCUGUAUCACGUGCAGCUGCUCCCAAAUGACACACUACUUCUGGUUUCAUCAGCUGCAUUUGGGAUGUGUGAAGUCACAGUGAUGCUGUCGUGUGAAGAUUCUGCCUCCUCAGGUGCAGCAGCUGAGGGAACAGAUGCUGUUUUCACAGCCUCAUUUGUCAGUGAAGUGUCCAGCUGGCCCUUUCCUCACCUGCAGGUGUCACAGCUCCUGCUGACUGGACUCUCCUAUGUAAAACUCUCCAUUAAUGUUGGUAAUUAGUUCUUAGUGCUCAGGAUAUCUGAGGUGUCUGUGGCCAAAGGCAGGAAGCAGAAGAAUGCAGGUUCUCAUGCCUGUUUUAUGCAUGCAGAGGAAUUCAGGGCUGCGACAGGCACUUGAGAAAGUGAUCUCGGGUACAUAUGGCGUGUGAAUGUAGAGGGGCUGGUUACACCACAGAGGCAAUGUAUGAGCAACGGAGGGUGCAGAGCCCUUGGAGUGUGUCUGAACACUGGAGUCUGUCUUAGAGUGAGGGUUUGGAGAGCUUGCCUUACACCAUGUGUGUUACUGUUAACUCCUCAAUCUCAGCUGCACUGUGCAGUGGUUUGAAUGGGCAGUACUGACUAACGAGGCAAGAUGCUAUGUGGCUUCAAGAGCUUUAUACUGUAGGCAGGUGAAGGGCUGUGAAGGUGCUUGCCCUGUUGUUUACCUGGCUGCUGACCUGGACUUUGGCUUGGUGCUUUUACCCAGACUCCUGCAGUCCCACUGUUGUGUUCAGCUGCCAGCUCUUCCCUGGAAGCAGUGGUUUGCAGCACAGUUCUUGACAGGGGACUAAGAUGAAGAAUCUGUGUGUCUGGCUGUCUGCCCCAAUGGGUGGGCAGGAGGGGGCCACAGCCCAGCUCAGCAGUACUGGUGUGACAGGAACUGUCCUUACUGGGCAGGGCUGUAUGGCUUAAAACCACAGUGGUGGUUGUGCUGAGCUCUGAGGCUCUCCUGGGACAGGGAGUGUGAGACAGGCUCUGCUGCAGGGAGAAAGGCUGUGAAUGAACCCAUGGAGGAGGUUUUUAUUUCUUGGGUUUACAGGAAAAGGUGGAGAUAAAGCCAGGAAGACAUCGCAGAGUGGGAUGGUUACCUGGGCUUUUCUGCUGGCAGAGAUGUGACAGACUUCUCAGAGAAAUAUACCAUGUUCCUGCUGCUAUUGUGAAGGGUAGGAGAGCUGUGGUCUGUCCUGCCUCAGCUCACGCCCUGUAGCAGCAGUCUGUGGGAUGCAAUAAUGGGUGUCUGUAGCUGUCUGUCCCAUCCCAUGGAAUAUGCCUCGGGUUAGCUGCGCAGCAGAGCCAAGUCUGUCUCUGGGCUGUGCACUCACAGCAAUGAGCGCUCGUCACUACCAGACUAUGCAGAGGAAGCUCUGUCUGGAAGGGAAGGAAGCUGCAGAGGCCUCUCUGCCUUUCCCUUCCAGCUGCUGAGCAGCUUUUUAUAUUGCACUUUUCACAUUAAGUGUCCCUGUCCCCACCCCACACUUCAAGUCACUUUGUCCCGUAGAGAACUAACAAUCCUUGUUACUCAGAAAAUAUUGUAAAGAAACUACAGCAGCUGGAGUAGCCCAAAUGCUAGUUCCUGCCCGCAGCAGCACACGUGCCUUUCCCCAGCAUCACUCACAACUGCUCCCUGUCUUUCAAGCUGUGCUAGAGCCUGACACUUGUCAGGAGCUGCUAAGAUGGCUACAAAUACACAUUCUGUAUUGGCCCAGGGUGUUCCACAUAUAGUUUAAAACGCUGAUGGUCCAGGCCCUUCCAUGGGCUUCACACUGUCUGUCAAGGACAGAAUUGCCCCUAAGGUCCUUCUAGGCUGCUGCCGCCCACCCUGCCAACGCGCCCCUGGCACACUCGAGUUGUUUUUGGCUUUCAUGGCACCUUAGCGCCGGGGAGGGUCUGCUCAGAGAGAGAGACGUGUGAGAGCUGGCUGGGCUGCCCUGAGGCAGAGAGAUGUUUGUAGAUAAGUGCUGACCCCUCACUAUAACCCCCAGUAUAUGGCUGUAUUAACAUGUAACCGAUGCAGUGUAUCUAAAGCCUUAGAACUAGUCAGGUGCUCCCCUCCAAAUUUGUCCCUGCCCCUUUCCUCCUACCUGAUCUUUAACAAAGCAUUAAUAAUUCUAAGGAUAAUCUCUAUUUUGUUGUGCUUUUUUUGUAACUGUUUUAAAUAAAUCAAUUUGUACUGUAUAUUUGUACUUUGGUGAGAUCCUUUUUCCUGUUUUACCAUUUUAAGUCUGUACUUGCCUACAAACAGAUUGUAUUUUUAUUGUUAAUGCUUUUAUGAAUAUUGCAUUUAACUUGUUGACUCUGUAAACACAGUAUAUAUCUAUAUACAUAUAUAUAUCUAUAUAUAAACCAAUAGCUUUUC